AUGGUCUUGAGACAGCUUGCACCCGUGCCCCAGGCCAGUAGGAACGGCAAUACGAGGCCUGCGAAAGAGUCGGCCGUUCUUCAACGAGAUCUUUCUUAUGACUUUGCCCUCCUUGCGCGAGGCGAGGGCAACUACCUCGUGCUCGAGGAUGGACGGAAGAUUUUUGACGGAUCAGGAGGGGCGGCCGUUGGCUGUCUGGGCUGGGGCAACCAAAGGGUGGCCGAGGCUGUCAUGAAGCAGGUGCUCGCCAUCCCAUACUGCGCAACCGUCUUCUACACAACGGGUGUACAAGAAGAAUUGUGCUGCUAUCUGGUCGAAUCGACCAAGGGACAUAUGGGACGUGCUUACAUCGUCAACUCUGGCUCCGAGGCCAUGGAGGCUGCAGUAAAACUCGCGAGACAAUACUUUCUGGAACUGACUCCCAGCCAGCCCCAGAGAACGCGCUUCAUCUCGCGACGGCAGUCGUACCAUGGAAUCACACUCGGGGCGUUGGCAGUUGGAGGACACGACUAUCGCCGGGCAAAGUUCGAGCCGUUAUUGAUGAAGAAUGCGACACGAGUCUCGCCAUGUAACGCAUACCGUGGGAAGAAUCCCGGAGAGACGGACGAGGACUACGUAGCUCGCCUGGCAAAGGAGCUGGAUGAUGAAUUCCAGACUGUUGGUCCAGACACGGUCUGCGCUUUCAUUGCUGAGCCGGUAGUUGGCGCUGCACUGGGGUGUAUGCCCGCCGUUCCCGGGUACUUCAAAGCAGUGGCGGAAGUGUGCCGCAAAUAUGGUGCGCUUCUCAUAUUCGACGAAGUGAUGUGUGGCAUGGGCCGAACGGGAACACUGCACGCAUGGGAGCAGGAAGGAGUAGCGCCCGACAUCCAGACAAUUGGCAAGGCGCUAGGCGGAGGCUACCAGCCGGUCGCGGGUGUGUUGGCGAGCAAGCAUGUGAUGGAUGUGCUCCAGAAGGGCAGCUCUGUCUUUGUGCAUGGGCACACAUAUCAAGGACACCCUGCGGGAUGUGCUGCAGCGCUCGAAGUGCAACGCAUCAUCCUGGAAGAGAACCUCCUCGCCAACGUCCGAGCCAUGGGUGCGCUUUUGUCGAGACGGCUCAAGGAACGACUAGCAAGUCACCCCAACGUCGGUAACAUCCGGGGCCGUGGGCUGUUCUGGGCCCUCGAGUUCGUGGCAAAUAAAGCGACAGCAGAGCCUUUCCCGGUCGAAGACCAUGUUGCUAUGGAAAUCUGCGAGAAGGGCUUAUCAAAGGAAUACUUGGUCAACGUCUAUCCGGGUUCUGGUUCGGCAGAUGGCAUUCGAGGAGACCAUAUCAUCAUCUCUCCCGCCUUCAACAUCCGCAGUGACGAAGUCGAAUGGCUCGUGGAGACGAUUGGGAGGCUGGUUGACGAUUAUUUUGCUGAGAAGCGAAGGCAGUGA